UCUGUCAUUCAACAACUUUUACAGCGACGAGCCUGAACCUGCCCCGGACUCAAACUGGUCUGAGACGGAUCUAAAGCUGGACUCAACCUGGACUCAACCUGGACUACACCAAGACCCCACCAGGGACUAAACCAGGGACUAAACCAGGACUAGACCAGGACUAAACAAGGACUAAAAGGUUUGGAUUUGUUCUUUUUGUUGCUGAGUGGGAGGAUCCGUGGGAACGAGGAGUCAGACCUGCUCAGAAUGCCCUGGACGGGGGACGAGGACGUGGGGGAGGUGAUCAUCGGUCCGGGCUCGGGUCACGAGUCCGAGGACCCGGAGGACCCGAGGGACCCGAAGGACCCGAGCUCCCGUCGCCGGGGGGGACGACUCCGGGGCUGUUGCCGCGACGAUCACUACAGACGCCUGUCAAUCAUCAGCAUCGUGUGCGGCCUGUCGUGUGUCGGGAUCAUCGCCCUCAAGUACUCCGUCAAGGCCAAAGAGCGUCAGAGACAUGAUCCGGUCGCCGCCGCUGUUUUCGCCCAAAAGGCCAAAAAGUGGAGCAUCGUGUCGAUCGUGUGUCUGUUCGCUCUGCUCGCCGCCGCGCCCGUCCUCAUGGCGCUCGUCUCCUACCUCGCCACAUUAAAAGACUGAACCUCACGCACGCUUUUAUUUUGGAGGCUGAGACCUGGACCAAACUGAGACCUGGAUCAAACUGAGACCUGGACCGGACCGAGACCUGGACCAGACCGAGACCU